ACUAGAAAGCGUGACGUUAGAUAUUUGCUCUUGAAAUAACCUAUGUAGGUGCAUGUACUUUAUUGAAUUAGUUUGUAUAAUGUUGUUUGUAUCUUUGUUUGUAAAAUGCCGUUGAGAGCGUUGCGACGACCAUUUAUUGUUUAGCUAUCUAGCGUGCGUUAAUUAUUAGCGUGCGUUAAUCAUUAGCGUUGCCAGGGUUAUCCCGGAUACACGGUUCAAGUAAAAUGCUCAAGAGCCGUUUUCAGGGAGGAUUAUUUGUGGAGGUCUUCAGCGCCCACGGAAGAAAUCCCGCCUCGGAAUGGAAAUUGAGUGGCACAGCAUCUUCUAUUAGACGAGAAUAUGACAAGGAAGUGAAGGGUUAUGUGUAUGUAUUGGAAGGAGGGCCAACUCUUACCAAAAUGAGUCUUCCAAAGGACGAAAAACAAUGCUUGGGUCUGGUUCAACCAAUGAUCGUCUUCCAGUUGUAUGUUAGUCAUGGUGAGAGAUUUUCUAUUGAUUUGACUGUGUCCGACAUCUUGAAAAGUAAGAGACACAUCUUCCUGUCAUCGUCUCACAAAGAGUUAUCAUGCAAUCCACUGCAUGCAAGGAUACCACUAGCUACACUAACAAGAGGAGUGUGGUUGAAUUUUUGUAUCGAUCUUGUGUCUCUUGUUGGGCACGUUUUUCGUGGAGAAACAUUUAGUGCUCUUGAGAGAAUAUCCGUCAGUGCUGCAUGCAAAAUCAGGAAAAUCUUCACACUGAAAAAUCGACCUGUAGAAACAACCACAGAUCGAAGAGCAACUACAGAAACAGAAAAUGACUUUCAAUUGAUUCCUAAGGCUGUGCAGAUUCCAUCAUCUGAUAUUACAGUUCUAACUCAAGUAUUUACUAGCAUGUCGUUGCAGUCGACUCGUAACUCUGAUUCUGUGUGUUCGACUUCUUCGCUUGCCACCUCAAGGAAAUCGGCAACAGAAUCACGAAGAUUCCCGAGAUCACGACAGCAACAGGCGUCGAGUGUGUCAAGAAAACGAUCGGCUAGAAAACGAAAUGAAGGACAAUCAUCAGCAACAGCAAUUGUUGCAUCCUCUAGUCAGCCUUUACCCAAACCUCCAAUCGCUAAUGGAGAUUCUCUCCCCACACUUCCAGUGCACGACUUUCGAAGCUCUCCUCCUUCUAACAAAGAGAUUCCAUCUGCUGUUGAAAUGGAAAUUCAUUUCGCCCAUCCCACAUCCUCUCAGAUGGAUGACAGUUUGUCAGACAGAAUAACAGCCGAGAUGAUAAGCAAGACAAAUGAAGUAGAAAUGGAAGGAAGUAAAAGCACCGACCAUUCACUGUAUUUGUAUGUCUCUCCUCCUCAUUCGGCACGUCAUCGUCGACCCACAGCUGAUGCGGAUGUUACCAUGCCGACGGCCGAUGCUUGGCCAUCAGUUGAGUCAGAUGACGAGCUAAACAGUUCACAUGGAACAAGCAGCAGUUUACGUGGAGCCGCAUAUGAUGGUGAUUUUCUAAGUGGAGGAGAUGCUAGUGAUGAGGAUGCGAUAGAAGAUCGUGUCAGCAGACUGAGGAUGGAACAAAAAGACAAAAAUAUAGAGACGGAGGACGGACAUCUGCAAGUACCGCUAAUGAAUCAGACGCGACUGUCUGAUGAUUAUGACUGGCGGAACUACCAGAGCAGUUCUACGUCUGCAGCAAGCUCAUUUAGUGGUCUACCAGGCAGACUAGUAGACCAGUCAUUCGAUGUGAGUAUUGCCGAUGAUGAUGGGGGAGACAGCCUUGACUCAAGUGAAGGAGAACCAAGAGCUGUAUCAGUUAAUUGGCAACCAGAACACGCAAGUGCACACAGCCAACCAUCAAAUGCUCGAGCGAUGGGUGGCAUGUUGAGUCCACCCAUUCCAUUACAACAACCUUCCGAUGAACACCAACUAGAAGACGACCAACCAGAAGCCAACGGAAACACAUCAGAAUCAGACAAUGCUGACAACACAGACAGUGAAGAAGAACUCGAAGUAUUAUAUGACCCAUGCCUCAAUUGCUACUACGACCCCAAAACACAUAAGUACUAUGAACUAGCAUGA